AUGGAGACGCAAGAGCGGUACCUCCAUAAAAGCAAAAGCAACAAAACAACAACUACCACCGGAUGCUAUAGCGCGCCAUUCACGCUGCAGCGGCUCACGGAAGUGCUCCUAUCGCCUCUAUCGUACUACAAGCAACUCCACAAGUUCCUCAACGCUAUCGAAAAGCUGCUUUUUGUGAGCUCGACCGUCGACCAGCUCACAUCAGACCCACCGUCCGACUUUAAAGCCUGA